CCAUAUAAGAACCCAACUCACCUUGCUCAGCAACAGGAACCCUGGUGUCGACUCAGCUCAACUCCCACAAUCACGUCCAUGAGGCAGGCUGUUUAUUUUUUUGAUCCUGAGAUACCGAAGGAUGAUCUGGAUUUCCGAUUAGCAGCCUUGUACAACCACCACACAGGGACGUUCAAGAGCAAAAGUGAGACACUGAUACACCAGGAAACCAUUCAGGAUGCCCAUGGAAUCAAGAUCCAAUUCUCUGGAGAAUUUUUAUCCCCUCCCCAGCCACCCGCCAUCACUUCCCGAGCUAACAUCAGACACUGGAUCAACCCUAAGAAGGAGUCUAUUCACAGCAUCCAGGGAUCCAUAGUGUCCCCUCACGCUGCAGCCAGCAACGGAGGGUUUUCCCGAAAGAAUGAUGGUGGCUUCUUCUCCACCUAAGUGUUGACGGGCCCCUGGACUAAUUAAUCAUAGUGGAACAUCCUGCCGCCCACCUCCAUGAAAUAGAUUUGUGUAAGUUGAA